AUAAUCCACAGAUAAGGCUGUGUCUGGUGUGUGAUAUAAAGCAGAGAAACCAUCAACUGUCAACCGUCACUCUCUCUCUCUCUCUCUCUCUCUGAUCAUCAAAAAAUGGCUUGCAGCGCGUUUGCUCGACCUCUGCUCAAGUCACAUUCAUCGCUACUUCAUCAUCAACCUGAGAAAUCAAAAACCCUCUUCUCUAUACCCUUCAUCAACAAGCCACACCCAGUUUCUAAAACCUUGUUUCACUCAUCCCCAAAUGCACAAUUCGGACUUCGCGCAUCGAAGAAGAGGAACUUGCUCGCUGGUAGUACCAUCAAAUCGAAGGUUCGAGCCUCUGCGGAGGGAGAAGCAAAGUCGCUUGGUUCUGACGCAACCUAUCAAGAAGUCUUUACCUGGUCUUCUGUUAUUCUGCCGUUUCUUUUUCCCGCCUUAGGAGGCUUGUUAUUUGGGUACGACAUCGGUGCCACCUCUGGUGCCACCAUAUCAUUGCAGUCACCUGAACUCAGUGGCACAACUUGGUUCAACCUGUCAGCUGUUCAGCUAGGUCUUGCGGUUAGCGGUUCCCUUUAUGGAGCUCUUCUUGGUUCAAUCCUCGUCUACCCAAUAGCAGAUUUCCUUGGGAGGAGGCGAGAACUUAUCAUAGCAGCUCUACUUUAUGUGCUUGGUGGUUUCGUCACUGCCUAUGCUCCGGGCCUCGGGAUUUUCUUAUUAGGACGGCUUCUAUAUGGCCUUGGUAUUGGUUUGGCCAUGCAUGGAGCCCCUCUUUAUAUUGCGGAGACUUGCCCAUCUCAGAUUCGUGGGACUCUAAUAUCAUUAAAAGAACUUUUCAUAGUUCUGGGGAUUUUGUUGGGUUACUUUGUGGGUAGCUUUCAGAUUAAUGCAAUUGGAGGAUGGCGGUACAUGUAUGGGGUUAGUGCCCCAAUUGCUCUGAUAAUGGGAUUAGGUAUGUGGAGUCUCCCGCCAUCUCCACGCUGGUUACUUCUCCAGGCAGUGCAAGGUAAAGGGUCUAUACAGGAGUUGAAAGAAAAGGCCAUCUCUGCCUUGAGCAAGUUGAGGGGUCGGCCUUCAGGUGACAAAGUGUCUGAGAAGCAAGUAGAGGACUCCCUCGACUCUCUAAAGUCUGCUUAUACAGAUGAAGAAUCUGAUGGAAGUAUCUUCGAAGUAUUUCAGGGGCCAAGUUUGAAAGCAUUCUUCAUAGGUGGAGGUUUGGUCCUUUUCCAACAGAUAACAGGGCAGCCAAGUGUUCUAUAUUAUGCUGGUCCAAUCCUCCAGAGUGCUGGGUUCUCUGCGGCCUCUGAUGCUACUCAAGUUUCAGUUGUGAUUGGACUAUUUAAGUUGCUGAUGACAGGUGUAGCUGUCCUAAAAGUGGAUGAUAUUGGGAGAAGACCCUUGCUGAUUGGUGGUGUCAGUGGAAUUGCCGUCUCUUUAUUUCUCCUUUCAGGUUAUUACAAAUUUUUCGGAGGGUUUCCUUUUGUUGCAGUUGCUGCUUUACUCCUUUAUGUUGGCUGCUAUCAGAUAUCAUUUGGACCUAUCAGUUGGCUUAUGGUAUCAGAGAUAUUUCCACUCCGCACGAGAGGAAAAGGGAUUAGUCUUGCAGUUCUCACAAACUUUGGUUCAAAUGCUGUCGUUACCUUUGCUUUCGCACCUUUGAAGGAGUUGCUGGGUGCAGAAAACCUUUUCUUUCUUUUUGGGGCAAUUGCUUUGGUGUCACUUGUGUUUGCGGUACUCGUUGUCCCAGAAACCAAAGGAUUGAGCUUGGAAGAAAUUGAAUCCAAAAUCUUGAAGUGAAAGCUCGAAAAAAGCAGAGCUGUCAAAUGAGCUUCCAUUUACCAAAACUUUUGGUUAGAUCUGUCAAUAUGUUUCUCAGAUGGGCUUUGGGAGGUGGUAUCUAUGCUCAGUCUAGGACGAUGUAUCAUUAUGUAACUAUUUUCUUUUGAGUAAUGCUAGGGAUCAUAAAAAAAAUAUUAUGAAGAUGAUCAUAAAGAUUCUCCACCUUUGGAUUACACAUAUAAUAAAACACUACAUACUAAUCAAAGGAUAAAAAAUCUUCAUGGUGCAUUUCAUGAUAUUUUUUUCAUGAUUCCUAACAUUAUUCUUUUCUUCUUAUCACAAUAGAAAUGAAAUUUCAAUUGUUGUAGCUUUCAGCUAAGAAUAUUGAUAUGCCGACAUUUCUUUUAUCAGAAUUCCAAAUUUGCGGCACCAUACAAUUUGGAUUUCCUUGAUCUAAUGGAAUGGUGAAACAUGAUUCAUGUAUUUGACCCCAAGUAAUUGGAAAAAAGCCUUUUCGAGUUGA